AGUGUUUAUUCUCUCAACAUUCUGGUAUCUCAUUCUUAUUAAUGGGAUGGCACUGUGUGAGGUAGGGAAGUGGGAACCCAUGUGGGGGUGCUCUUUAAUAAUCAUUCAUAGGGCUGUGUGUCUGUCACAAUGGGAAAGAAGUCACAGACACUGUGAUUUUCCCAUUUGUUCAUGACUUUUUGUGUGUGUCCAUGACUCACCCUGCAGUGGUGGCUCCUGCAGUGCCUGUCCUGCUGGGCUGUGCCCAGCCCCCCACUCCAGGCAUUGUGACCAAGUGCACUGGGUUGCAGCGCAGCUCAGGUGUGGCCCAACUCCCCCUCUGGAGUGGACACAGCAGCUACCAAUGUCCGUGUCAGAAUCGCCAGCUAGGGAUGAGUAAGAUCCAAGAGAUAGAACACCUGAGCUCUGUGAACAUAGAGAGAUGAGAUAGGGAACGGGGUGAAGCUGAUUGUGUAACUGUUAUUCUAUCUAAUCUAUCUUUCUAUCUAUUAUGAGAUACCAUGCAAACCCCUGAGAGGGAUCUAAAUACCUAUGUGGUCUCAACAGGACCGAGCUAUGGAAGAAAACUUAACAGCAGUGACAGAGUUUAUCUUUCUGGGCUUCUCAGACCUCCAGCAUCUGCAGCCCCUUCUUUUUGUCCUCAUCUUACUCAUCUACCUCUUCACACUAAUAGGAAAUGGCCUCAUCAUCGCUGUCACGGUUGCUGACCUGGCCCUCCACAAUCCCAUGUAUUUCUUCCUCAGGAACUUGUCAGUCUUGGAGAUCUGCUACACUUCAGUGGUCGUCCCUAAGACCUUGACCAACCUCCUGUCAGAGAAGCAGGCUAUCUCUUUCCUGGGCUGUGCAGUCCAGAUGUACUUCUACCUUUUCUUUGGCAGCACAGAGUGUGGCCUGCUGACUGUUAUGUCCUAUGACCGGUACGUUGCCAUAUGCAACCCCAUGCGUUACCCACUCAUCAUGAGCAGAAAGGUCACCCUAAGCUUGGCAGCUAUGGUGUGGAUCGUGGGCAAGUUGGUGGCAUGUGAGCAAACGGCAGCCAUAUUCACGUUACCCUUCCAUGGGCUGAAUAAAAUCAACCACUUCUUCUGCGACAUCCUCCCAGUGCUUAGGCUGGUGAGCACAGACACAUCACUCAUCAAUGCCAUUCUUUCCUUUCUCACUAUGGUGUUCACAAUGGUCCCCUUAAUCUUAAUCAUCACCUCCUAUGCAAGCAUCAUCUGCACCAUUCUGAAGAUGCACUCAGGAGAGGGGAGACACAAAGCUUUCUCCGCUUGCUCCUCACACCUAAUCACAGUUAUCUUAUUCUACUGCAGUGGCUUUAUCACCUACAUGAGGCCCAGUUCCAAUGUCUCUGUGGACACCGAUCGAGCCCUCGCCCUGUUGUACACGGUCAUUAUUCCAACAUUCAACCCAAUCAUAUACAGUCUGAGGAACAAAGAAGUCAAGGAGGCUCUGAGGAAAUUCUUGACCAAGAGUAACAUUUCUUUGUUCUCAUAAAUACAGUUGUUUUUUUUUCUGAUCAUUGAGCCCCAUUGAAGUGUCUCAAUUUGGGAGGUGUCACAAAGUCAGAAAAUGUCUGUAUUAUUGCUUAACAAUAUGAAGUAUAGUUUGGUUUCCCUUUUUAGUUCUAUAAUGGUGUCUGACUAGGGGGGGGAUAACUCAGUGGUCUGAGCAUGAGCUUGCUAAACCCACAGUUGUGAAUUCAA